UCCGUAUCUCAUCCAAAAUCCCAAGAUGGGCCCUCCAUUCGACAACCUACCCUCCACUGUCCUGAUUCGGGUCUGCGACUACCUUGAUCGCGACCACACCUCGAGCCUUGCUGCCUUCGCACGUACCAGCAAGUCCUCUCAUGCAGCCGCAACAGUUUUCCUCUUCCGAACUAUCAAAUUUGGAGUCUCGUCUCUCAACCAUAUCGCUGGCGAUGUUCAACGAAGUCAUGAGAUGCUGCAGCGCACUCGUAGCUUCGGCCGUGUACAUUGUCUGAUUAUAGAUUGCGCUUGGCCUCAGGAUGACAGCGACGGAUCUCAUCCUAGAGACCAAAGACCCUACAUCAAUAUCACCGCUGAGGAGCGUGGAUACUAGAACCGCUUGUUCAAUGGACCCCAGCGGCAUGUUUUCAAGUCAGAUAUCAUGCCUGCCAUGGCCACCUACAAGACAAACGACGCCUGGAAGCCACUUGCCAGUCUUCUCAAGAAGUUGCCUGCACUCAUGGAUCUGAGAUACGGAUUUCCUGGCCAGUUUCCACCCUGUCUGCUCGAGGCAUUGCACAAAUACCUUCCCCGGUGCAGGCUUCACAUCAACACCUUCAAGCUUCGCAGCCUUAACGCUCCUUCUACAGAUCCAUAUGAACUGAUGCUUGCCACCUCACCCUCACUGACCAGCAUUCGAGUGGAAUGCGACAUGCAACACGGCUAUAUCACCAAGCAUAUCCCGAACUUCAACUAUGAAGCAGUGCAGAGCAUGGUAGGCGGUCUAGCACCUAACUUGAAAGAACUGCAAAUCUUCCAUGCAGACUGGGAGGCAAAUCUAGAUAGUUAUCUCCGUUCAAAGGCAUGGAGGGGCCUUACAUCUAGCGACCAGAUAGAAAGCUCCCGUCCAGUUUCUGGCUCUCUGCGAUGUCUCGAGAUAGAUGUCGGUCACGCGAUGAUCGAGCCACAGCUAAUCGAAACCUGGAAGGCACACACGGACUUCUCAAUUGUAGAAACGCUGAAGCUGGAGUCAUACAUUUCACAAGAUACGUUUGCAUGUUUGGCUGCAAAUUCCAGCCUUCCGUCGUUGAAGAGGUUGGUGUUGAGACUCGCAGGCAGAUAUAUUGACCGUCGACAAACGAACGAAUUCUUUGACAUUGCAAGAAGCUUUCUUUGCCAAUUGCCGCCGUUAGAGUCUCUUGAACUCACGGGCGAGCUCUUCAGUCUUGAUAUGAAUUCAAUUCCCGGACAUCACGGUGCUGCGUCGUGGAGGAGACUGUGGAAACUCGACUCAUCGUUGCUACUUGGCAUUAAAAAUCAUCUUGGAUAUUUGUGAAAAGGUCUCCUCGUCAUCCUGCAUCGCGGUCGUGGAGUUCUGAGAAGGAGUGAUAGGGUGAAGUGUGUCGAAGCACAACUGACAGAGGCUGCGAGAACGGCAAUGGAAGUUCAAGGCAUCGUGCACUAGCUUGCAUCAAACCCCAUCUUGGGCAUCCAGAGAACAAAUCCAACGCUUCUCCUGGU